CAAGCCGUCACAAAUGUAGUCCUCAAAUAAUAAAACGCCAAUAGUGAGGUCUUCCGAGCUCACUGCGGAUUAGUCUCGAUCAAUCAAUCGAUCGAGAAUACCACGUAAAAUUCGUUGUUUUGUGUUCUAUUUCAAUUUCGCGUUAUCAAUAUCUUCAUGGUAUUAGAGCGAAACUCGAUCCUUCUCUAGGGUUUUGAGCUUCCUCCUGUCAGCAUUCGUUCCGCGGCAAAAACAACGUCAUUAGUCCGACGUAUCUUAUGUGAGGGAAAGUCAGUAGCCGCAGAUCCAGAUAUUUUAGCUCUCUGUCGUCUGCACAGAUAUCAUUCCAGCCGAAGCCUAUGAUCUCCCUGCUCACGCUGCUCUUCUUCGUUACGUCGGCGCUGUCCGCCUCCGACGUCCCAUUCAGUCCACAAGAAGACCAGCUUCAAAGGCUCGAAUCCGGCGCCAAGCAACCUAUCCGUUCACAGGCAAUGGUGUUCCUCCGCUGGCGAGGUCAUCAGUCCGACCUCUCUCGCCAGUCUCGUCGUCCUGUUGAGUAGAGCUACUCUUGCCUGCUUGUUCGUCUUCAGCUAACGUUUAUGCAAAGUCCAUGAAUCAGGGUUUGAACCUUUGGCUUUGUGAUUAAUUGUGGCUUUCGUAUAGAAAACCCUUAGAGGGUUAGGGUUCUAGGAAGAAGAAGAGAAAUAAGGCGGUAUGAUUGGGGGAACCCGCAAAGAGGGCUCUUGCUACUGCUUCUCAUUAUAUACUGAUCAAGCAGGGUAAAACCAGAGUAAAGUUCUCAAACAGUAAAAAUGGAAAAUUAUG